UGCGCGACAUCAGCGGCUAUGUUUGUCAGAAAAUGACGCAGGUGGAGACGACAGUCAGGAGGUCUAAGCAGCAGAACCCUAACCCCAGCAUGGGCAGGAAGAUUUUUCCCUGGAUGAAGGAAUCCAGACAGUCCAAUCAGAAACACGGCAGGAGGAGCUCAGUUUCCACAGACUGCACCGUCAACGAGAAGCGUCCAGGCGCGUCCCCGGUCUCCAAGCGGACGCGCACCGCGUACACGAGCGCGCAACUUGUGGAGCUGGAGAAGGAGUUCCACUUUAGCCGCUACCUGUGCAAGCCAAGGAGGGUGGAGAUGGCCAGUCUCCUCAAUCUCCAGGAGAGGCAGAUAAAGAUCUGGUUCCAGAACCGCAGGAUGAAACAGAAGAAGGACGAGAGGGAGCAAGGCCUCGGCACCAACUACACCACCACCUCCUCUUCUUCUCCCACCCCAUCUUCCCCCUCCGCCCCAGGCAGCCCCACUCUGUCCAGCCUUGGUUACGUCCAUCUAGGGGCGGACUACCAACAGACCUCUCCUCCGCUGGAGUCCCAGCAGCAGCAGCAGCUGUCAUUUCCGGCCGAAUACACCAAAUACUACGCUCCAAACUUUACACACGGCCCGCAGUUCGACGUGCAAUACAACACGCAUCCCAGCGCACACACGGCGAAUCAGCAUGUGAAUGUGAGCGGCUCAUAUUUCUCACAGAGCUGUUCACCUCAAGACAGAAUCAUGCAAGCUCCAAAACUGACUCACCUGUAGCAGACAACGUCCAAUGAAACCCUG